UGUCCGGACCGCGUUGUGCGUCGGACUGAUUCCGUUGACAUUGCUAAAGAGGAGUUACCAAACCCGAGGCUUCCAGCGCAGGGAGCUGCGGUUCGGUGGCAGCCCGCUCUCAGCUCCCGGUUCGUAACGUGGAGUCAUGUAUCGCCGACCGCUGCAGUCCGUCGUCAGAAACGUUAUUAACGCGACGGCGCCCAGAGCCGCAAAACAGGCGCUAAAUCAAGGAGCCUGCUUUGCCAGAGCUUUAGCUGCUUUUCAGCAGCCCAGAGUCUCCUCUCCCCCCAGUGUAACACCAUGCCGUACCCUGCACAUCGCUGCACAGCUGCGCAGCGUGAAGGAGACGCCCCAGCACAGCGAGGAGGAAGUCGGAGCCUUCACAAAGCUUAUUGAGGCCAUGGGCUUCACUGGGCCUCUCAAAUACAACAAAUGGAAAAUCAAGAUCGCUGCCUUGCGCAUGUACACGUGCUGUGUAGAGAGAAUCAAUUACGACGAGUUCUUUGAAAGAUGCUCCCUCCCUGACACACUCAACUCUUGGUUCCUAAUAGCCCAGCUGCAUGUGUGGAUGUGUCUGGUGCGCAUGCGUCAGGAGGGCCGAGCAGGAAAGUACAUGUGCCGUUACAUUGUGCACUCGAUGUGGGAGGAUGUGGAUCAGAGGAGCAAAAUCAUGGGGAUUGAUGCCACCCAAAGGAAGGAAUCGAUAAAAGUGAUGAUAGAGACCUUCUAUGCUGCCAUAUUUGGAUACGAUGAGGGACUCCUGUCUGAUGACUCUGUACUGGCUGCAGCUCUGUGGAGGAACCUGUUCAGCUGUCAGUGUGAGGAGCCUGCACAGCUGGAGCUCCUGGUGGAAUACGUGCGCAAGCAGAUGCAGUACAUCGACGCUCUGGACGGGGAGGACCUGCUGCUGACGGGGGAGGUGAAGUGGCGCCCUCUGGUGGAGGAGAACCCUCAGAGCAUCGUGAAGGUGGUCACGCCUACCUACAACGACGCGGGGCUGUGACUCCGACUGCACCGCUUCUCUUCUGACUCACAUUUUGAAUAUGUCAUGUGUUCUGUUGCUCGUUCUCCCCGUGGUUCUCCCUCUGUCGUCCUUCAAGUUGUUACCUGAGCGCUUUGUGCAGGUGCGUCUGUCAGAUCUGUAAGUAAACUAGUGCACAACCUACAGAAGUCUAUGCACCGUGGUCGCGUCUCCUGCUUCCUGUCACAGCCUGAGCAAACAAGACUCUGUUAUAUUUUUCUAGUUUUUCCAUGAAUGCCGCUGUAUUUCUAGAGUAUUUCCUACCUCCCUGUUUACACUUCCUGCUCCUGCAGAGGCCUCCUGCAGUUGGAAACACACAUAAUGGCUGUAGAAGCAGAUGCGGGGCCUCAGGCCGGUGAAGCUCUGCAGGCUGAGCGACUUGUGCAUGCUCUGACCUGAACAGGAAGCUGAGCCCUCAAUGACCCAAACAUCACUGUAUCCAAGAAGUGAAUGAAUAAAAUGUUCUCUGGCUGA